CUCAACUUGUGUUGCCAUGCCGUAAAAUACUUUGUCCGACCUGCCAGUGAAGAGAGACAUACGGCCUUAAAGCUUAUAAAUUUAUAGACGAUGAAAGUAGGGUUAUCAAAACGCACUUUCAUUUUAUAGGCAGUAUUAUAGUCUUUCUCACGAUGAUCAUUGAGAAUGUUGAAGCCUUGAAGUCAUGGCUGGCAAAACUCCUGGAGCCAAUAUGUGAUGCUGACCCCUCUGCAUUAGCCAACUACGUGGUGGCUCUUGUGAAGAAGGACAAACCGGAGACAGAGCUGAAAGCACUUUGUGCUGAUCAGCUUGAUGUCUUUCUACAAAAAGAGACAACAGGAUUUGUCGAUAAACUUUUUGAAUGUCUGACAACCAAGAACUACCUGGGAAAUCCUGCUGUCAAAGAGGCACCUAAAGAGGAGGUCAAACCACCUGCAGUCAAAUCUGAUGUUGUGGAUGUAAGAAGAGCUGAAACUCCAGAGGAGGAGAGAGAAAACAGGCGAAGGAGAAGUCCUCUGAGAAACCGCUCUGACUUCAAUGAGUCCAGAAGCCGCGAUGACAGGAGGAGAGAUGAGCGCAAGCGGCGUGACUUUGAUCGACACUUAAAAAGCGUCAGCGACUCGCACCGCGAGCGGGAGCGCCAUGAGCGCCGCAGGGGCAGCCCCCGCGGGAGGAGCUACAGCCGGAGCCGAAGCCGGAGCAGGAGUGGCAGCCGAGGAAAGAGCAGGGACAGGGAGCACAGAGGAGGCAGAGACUUCAAGUCAAAGUUUGAGUUGGAAAGGAAGGACACCGACUGCUACAACUCUUCCACCACAUCCGGCUCCCAGCAGCAGCACCCGCCACCUCUCCUGCCCCUGCCCACACCUCCGCAUCCCUUUUCCUCCUCUUCUUCCUCGUCAUCCGCUGGAGUCUCAGGAGCUGGAGGCGUUCCCAUAGCAACAGCAGCUCACCUGCCUGAUAGCACUACAGACAGCUGGUCUGGCUACUAUGGCACACAGAGGCAAGAUGGUGUCGCCAAGCCGUUCAUCAACAAGGGCACUUCACUCAAACAGCGUUGCAGGGAUUACGAUGAAAAAGGAUUUUGUGUCCGUGGUGACCUUUGCCCAUUCGACCACGGCAACGACCCUCUCAUCGUUGAUGAUGUCAAUCUACCGAACAUGAUUCCAUUCCCACCCCCACCUGUUAUGCCCCCCGCCGGCCUGCCCAUGCCCCCGAUCACUGAACCACCCCCUCCCCUCAGGAUGCCUUCGAUGCCACCCUAUGGCCAGCCACCACCACCGGGCGUAUUCCCCAUGGCUGGACCCCCACUGAUAGCAACCAGUGGGAUUGAUACCCCCAACCACCAAUCGGCAAUAACUUCUUCUCCUCCUAUCGGACCGCCUGGUGUGGGGCUGCCGCCUACUCUUCUUCCUCCUCCUCCUCCUCCUCCACCUCCUCCCUCCUCGUCCUCAUCUGUGUCUCUUCGUCCUCAAUAUGUCCAGUCUGAAUAUAACUACGAUCCAGAGGGCUAUAACCCAGAAUCCCCAGGCCUGACUGCAGCAGGUCGUAACCCUUACCGUCAGUUCAUUCCCCGGGUGCAGAGCCAGCGCUCCAACCUUAUCGGCCUCACCUCCAGCGAAGGACAAGGCUCCAGAGGUACUGCCAACAUAGUGAUCCAGACAGAGCCUGCCAUUGCAGCCAGCACUCCUGGAAGUAACGUGUCCCGUUUCAACACAGAGCAGGACAACAGGAAGAGAGCCAUGGGACCCAGUACAGCUGAGGGACCAGCAGCUAAAAAACCCUGGAUGGAAAAACCAAGCUUUAACAACCAGCAUAAGAGCAGUUUUCCCAAGAGGUAUCACUAUGUGAACACCAAGUUGGAGGUGCGAAAGAUCCCACGUGAGCUCAACAACAUCACCAAGCUCAAUGAGCACUUCAGCAAGUUUGGAACCAUCGUCAAUAUCCAGGUGGUGUUUGGCGGAGACCCAGAGGCAGCGUUGAUCCAGUACACAAAGAAUGAAGAGGCCAGGCGGGCCAUAUCCAGCAUAGAGGCGGUCCUCAACAACCGCUUCAUCCGUGUGUACUGGCACCGCGAGCCGGGCACCAACGCCACAGGGCUUCAGCAGCAGGAGCAGAGCUCAGGGAGUCUGGUGACCGGUUCAGCGCCCAGCCAGGGGCCGCAGCACAGCAACAUGCAUAAGGGGAUCAAGCAGCACAAUCCAGCUGCCUACGUGUUGAACAAGACUCUACCCAAGCAUCGCCUGCCGGCAGCGGCUGGAACCACAGCUACAACCAAGCCGGACAGCCUGAACCCAAGCACUGACACUGUCACUGUGGCGCCUGCACUGACAAACACCCAGAAGGGCCCCUAUUCUUCCACAGCCCUCAAGUCAUCCUCAAAGAGCCUUGGGAAAACUGGAAAAGCACUAGAAGCACAGGAAGUCCACAAGAAGAAACAGGAGGCAUUCAAACUCCAACAGGACAUGAGAAAGAAGAAGCAAGAGAUGUUAAAGACACAGAUUGAGUGUCAGAAGGCCUUGAUAAACCGCCUGGAAAAGAAUCGAGGGAUGAAACCUGAGGAGAGAGCCAACAUCAUGAAGACCCUGAAGGAGCUGACGGAGAAGAUCGCACAGCUGCAGAAUGAAAUGAACCCUGCCUCCCAGGUCUCCAGCGCCAAACCCAACCACAGCCAGCCCAAAACCAAGACUGAUGCCCAGAAGGAAUUGCUGGAUGCUGAGCUGGACUUUCACAAGAAGAUGAGCUCUGGAGAGGACACAACAGACCUCAAGAGAAAACUGGGACAGCUACAGGUGGAGGCAACAAGGUUGGGUCUGAUCCGGCCUCCAGCGGGUCGAGGGCGGGGCCGAGGGAAGAUGGCACUGGAGCCCGGUUUGAUGCAUGUGGGCCGUGGCAGGGGCCGAAGCCGGGAGAUGAUGGGUCGCAGCGGGGCCGUGAACCGCAUGGUGGUCGACCACAGACCCAGAGCCCUGGCUAUUUUGGGGGUCACUCAGGAGGAGAAGGAAGAGCUGAUGCCACACUUUGUGAAAUUUGGUGAGAUCGAGGAUGUCCGUGACCAAGACGCCAACAGUGUUGUCAUGACCUUUAAGACACGAAACGAGGCAGAGAAUGCAGCUAAUCAGGGAGCUAAGUUCAAAGGUCGUGUGCUGCAGAUUUCCUGGUACAAACCCAAGACGCCUUCUGUAACAACAGAGCCAGAGGAGGAAGAAGCUAAAGAUGAGGACAAUACGAAGGAAGCUAGUUCUUAUUUGCCUGGUGAGGAGGAAGAAGAGGAGGAGGAGGACGACGACGAAGAUGACGAGUACGAGAGCCGAUCUUGGAGGCGAUGAAGGCGUUGUGAUUCGUCAUUACCUGCUCUCCAGCAGAAUUGGUCGUUCUUUUUCCCCACAUGCAGAUAAAAUCAAGACAGCAGAACUCACUUUUUUUUUUCCUUUCCAGUAUUUUCAAACAAAGUAAUUUUAGACUCUAAUCAAAGUAAAAACAUCUUUACUUUAUUGUACAUGAAAAGAAGUUCAGAGGGUUGACAGUUUUUGUAUCCCUCGACUAAACAAUUAUAUAAAACAUCUCAAUUUUGCUGAGAGAGAUAAAUGUUAAGUUGUUCUUAUAGAUAGAAAAACCUAUGUAAGUUUCAGUGUGCUUACCAGAUGAUUAAUAUCAGUAAUGCACAACAUUUGUGUCUACUGUGAAUAGGUAUUUUUAUACAUACUGUAUUUAAGCUCUUUUCUCACCUGUUUUUGAAAAAUCUUGUCCUGAGUUCAGGGACAGCCAUUCCUUCACCAAUAGAACGUUCUCUGUUUCUACCAGAGAGAUAUUUAUUUAUUCUUCCACUGCAUAAAUGCACUGUGCCGUACCUGUAUUGGCACAGUAUGGUAUGGUUUUCCAUUUCACUUUGCUCACAGUUUGUUUUGGUAUGAGUAAUCCCAAAAUGUUAAAGGAUCCAAAUAUUUUUGACAGUGGCUCCUUGUGCUGGCAUGAAUACAUGCUAGUUUGUGCAUGUUGUAUUCCUAAAUAAACAGAGCCACCCCUGCCCAGCACCUAAAGGUGUUGACACUGUACUAUGACCAUGUGCAGGUACAGAAGGAUACCAGUGCAAUAGAAAAAUCCAAACUAUGUUUACAAAUUGCCGUGUCCAUGCACGUCAGAUACAGUCCUGUAGUAAAUAUUCAAAUUUUCCUCAGUUGUAUUUUGUUCACUCACUAAAUGCCCGGUUAAUGAGUGGCACCGGAAAUGUGUAGUUCUCCAUUUUCUAAGAGUGUGUAACAUUUUUCACUUGUUUUAUUCUCCUGGUCGUCCAAAGGGUCUGACAGGACAAGGAUCAGAUCACCCAUUUAAAAAAUGUGAGAUCCAUAGACGUGGUGUUUGAAUGUAACACUGAACAGUUGAUUUUAAUAUAUAAAUAUAAUUUCUUUGCCUUACACAAUCAGCGAAUGGCUGAAUUUUUACAAGAUUUGUGAUUUACUUUUGUAAAUUUUGUAAAUGCUUGAAAGAGAAAUUACUGUUGUACUUUUUUGUUGUUUUAUUUUUUUUUAGGUUAUUUUUCUGUCAUUUUGAAUGAAUGACAGUUGUCAGGUAGAAAAGGUCAAGCAAGAGUGCUUAGUGUCUCUGCUUAUUCGCAAGAAUUUUGCAUAUGUGUUAAACCAGUCCAUGUUAUUUCACUAAAUUUGUCAUCUAAGUAGCACAUUUCUUUUAAAGAAACUUUCAGAGCUGCUCUGAGGUUUGGAAAACACUCUGUUGAAAGGCACUGGGAGUCAUCUCACAAUAUCAUUUGUGCAUUGCAGCUUUGCCUGCAUCUGAAUAUUGUCAGUGCUCUAAACCCACAAUGUGCACCUUUCAUGGCAAAAAGUUUUAUUUUGCAUUUGGCCUUCUUUACAUAUACUGUAUUUUAGAAUCCUCAUGGUGGGAGGAAUGAAAUUCAUUAAAGUUCAUAUGGAAAUCUGCUCCAUGCAAGAAAAUACAUUUUUGGCCAUUAAGAAAAAGGUUUUACUUUUGUUGCUUCCCUGAAAUAAAUAACUGUUUACAUGCAGUCUAAUGAAGUGUCGGUUGAUGAAUGCUCAUCAUAACUCAACUAAACUGAUCAUAUCCAGUAACAUAACUAGUCAGAUUGAAGCACCAAAACAAAGGAGAGAUAUUAACUUAUUAGUUAACUGUAGCAGUCUCCCUACUUUAAACACACACACAAGCAGAAAUCUGCAUGUUAUGUGAUUUCCUCCCACCUACAAUGUCAGUAGCGCUCUUGUUUGGAUUACAUAUCCCACUGCUGACUGAUAACUCAAAGCCUCCUGCCAGUGAUCUCAUUGUCCCAUUAAAACUUUUGAGUUCAUGUUUUUUCUCUCAUGUGAUAUUUUUUUUAUAUGAGGGCAAACCUAUACUGGCAGGGUUCUUGCUUGUGUAAUUGAGGAUUCAGGGAAGGUCUCUCUCCCACUUUUUGUACUAUCUUCUGUAUGCUACGAUCACACAACAGUGUAAAAAAAAAAAGUAAAAUGUUUAUUGGAUAAUAGUUUUGGAUUUGUUACUGUUUAUAUUUGCAGGAUGUGGAUGUAUUUUCUUCAUGUAUUUUGUUUGUAAAAAAUGGAUUUCUAAUUUACUAGCAUGUUUGCUUUUGCCAAUAAAGAUGGAGGAAUGGGGGAGCUUGUAAGAUGAUCAAAAAAAAAAGAAGGAAAGAAAAAGAAAACAAUACAAUUUGAAUUGGAUCUUGGAGGGGAAAAAAAGAACAUUUUGAGUUAAAGAAAACUGACCAAAAAAGAAGUCAACAUUGGCAAGGGGGGGGAAAUGCGAGCAAAAGCAUUCCAGAAAAUAUUACCUUAAA